AUGCUGCAUGAGAUCGCGACCGUUCUUGGGCAUGCCGUCACCAGUUUGUUGCACUGGCUCCACGCAGCCGCCGGCACUGCAGCUCGUCAAAACGCUGUGCCAGCAGGCCAUGACCAAGUGUGGACCUUCGCGUACGGUGCUAACAUGGGCCUGGCCAAGAUGCAUCUUCUUGGCAUCCAUCCCUUCAAGAGCCUGGUGGGCUUGCUGCCGCAUCAUGAGCUGAUAUUUGACAGGUCAUUGGCAGACGGCAUCCACGAGCCUGCCUUUGCGAAUAUCCGUCACAUUGAAGAUCCAACCGAUCCUGCAGCCGUGUCUCCAGUGCACGGUGUCGUCCAUGCCAUUAGCCAAAAGGAGCUGAACGCUCUCGACUCCUCAGAAGCGCCUCUGUACCACCGAGUGCAGAUGCCUGUUCAAGUCAGCACGCCGCACGGGCCGCACGAGGUGAAAGCAUGGACCUAUGUGGGCGAUGGAAACACUGGCUCUGCGGAGGCUCAGGCAGGACAUCCUACCGUUCAUUCAGACGAAGGAGCUCCGAGCGCUCGCUACGCGAAGUUGGUGGUUUGCGGUGCCAAGGAGAGGAGCCUCCCCGAAUGGUACCAGGACCGGCUUCUGAGGAGCCUGGACAACUGGGGAGUGCCGAGAAUGACCUGCGAAGGGCAGCAGCCCCACGCGGCCUUGGAACAUGCAGCUGGUGCAACUCUGCCGCUGGUAGAGCCGGUGGCUGAAGCACAUCGGGUGCAUUCGAUUGCCGUGCGUGCUGGCCUCUGCCUUGCUCAAGGAACAGAUGCGGUGCUGCCGGAAGAGGGCUCGCUGGCCAAAGUGCGAGUGUGUGUCCGCUUCAGGCCAGUGCUGCCCGGAGAGGAGGGGCCAACCGGACGAAUCAAGUGGGACGAGGGCAGCGCGCCGAGAAGCGUCCACAUCCAGGGAGGCCGCCAUGAGACUCAGAAGGCCUUCCAGUUUGACAGAGUUUUUCCACCUUCGACAUCUCAGGAAGAGGUGUUCAAGGAUGCUGGGCUAGAUGAGCUGCUGGACGCACUGAUGGACGGCUACCACAGCACCGUCUUUGCUUACGGUCAGACCGGCAGCGGCAAGACUUUCACGAUGGAGGGGUUUUCUUACCAGCCUGGCACAGUGGCCAAAGCGCCACAGGUGAGGGCAGAGUCUACCUCGCCCGAGAAUCUGGGAAUCGUCCCACGAGCCAUCCACGGUCUGUUUGACCGGAUUGACCGGAGAGCAACCACUGGCGAGAGUGUCUUCACUGUGCGCCUUUCGUUUCUACAGAUAUACAACGAGCGUAUCUUUGACCUCUUGAACCCGGUCCACCUGACGAAGUUUGGUCAGGGUGGAGGGCUGCGGCUUCGAUGGAAUCCCCGCGAAGCUUCCGUCACCGUGGAGAACCUCUUUGUUUUUGAAUGCAGGACUGCUGCUGAAGCUUUGAACCACUACAAGGCAGGCGUGAAAAAUCGGACUGUCGCGAGUCAUCAGAUGAAUCAGGCAAGCAGUCGAUCGCACUCGGUGCUAAUGAUGACCCUGGAGCGGAGGACCGACCAUUCUGUCGAUCAGUCAUCCAAGUUGACACUCGUGGACUUGGCUGGCUCCGAGCGGCAGGCAGACACAGGUGCCAGCGGCCGCACGCUGCAGGAGAGUGCAAGCAUCAAUCAGUCGCUCUUCGUGCUGCGCAAAGUGAUCGCCGCUUUGGCCAAGCACCAGACCAGGCAGGCACAUCUUGCUUUGAUUCCGUAUCGUGAAUCCAAGCUUACCAUUCUGCUACGGGACGCCUUGGGUGGUUCUGGCUACACUCUGAUGGUGGCUUGCUUGUCCAUCCUGGAUUCUAGCGUUGAGGAAAAUUUGUCUACUUUGCAGUAUGCCUGCACAGCCGGCAAGAUACGAAAUCGUCCAGUGGUCAAUUUGGAUCCCACCACUUUGCUCAUCAAGCAGCUCCAGCAAGAGGUUCAGAGGUUGAAGCGUCAGCUUGAAAUUUUCCAGAAGUACAUCAUCCACCUGACCGGAAAGCCGAUACCACAACAAAUUCUUCAUGGUGGCACGUUCCCGACUGCUGACACGCUUGACGUUGCUCCGGAAGCCGCCCACGACGAAUGGAGCGCGCCGUUCGUUGCCAACUCUCAGCAUGCGCCACCACCAAGCCACGUGGGUACCGUCGUGGGUCCCCUGGGUCCCGUCGUGGGCCUGAGCUCACAAGAGAGAAAAGUCGCGACACCACGGGGCAAGGCCACCACGCCGUCGACGGAGCGGGAGCCGCCAUCUUUUCCGGAAGCUCCUGGGCCGGGCCCGGAGGCUCCCAAAUCUGAUCCAAGGAGCACGGAAGGUGCCGAGACUCUUGGCAUCAGCAAGGAAGAACUCGCCGAGCGGCUUUCCGAGGCCGUUGCCAGCUUGGGGCAGGCCACUACAGAAAACUUCACGCUGCGUCGCAAAUGUGAUGCUGCGCAGAAGGCUAAUGACGCAUUGGAGCUGCAGGUCAGCAGUUUGGAGAAGGAGCUGCUGCUUCACAGGCAGCACGCCUCCCACGUGGGAAGCGAUGCCUGGUUUGGAGAUAGCCUGGCACAGCUGACCCAGAUGGACGACCAAGCGACAGCGCUGACGGCCAUGCGAGCAGCAGCGUUUUACGACCUCAUUCUGCUGCGCGAGGCCAGCCGUGUCGAUGUCUUGCUGCACGGUCUUCAGCGGGACAGCAAAAUUGAGGCUGCUUCGCUCAUUCGGCACCGCUCUGAGGUCGAGAAGGUGAAGAAGCUGAAGCCCUGGCAAGGCCACAUUCACGUUCGUGAGUGCAGCUACUGCCGGAACGAGAUUGACCGGCAUGAAGUGCACUACAGCUGUCCGGAGAAGUGCCGCUUCUACGUGUGUCAGUACUGCUACAAGUCUGAAGUGGCCAAGCGCAAGUCGUCCGGCCAGGCAAAGCAUGGCUGGGCGACUGGCAGGCAGACAUCGGGAGACAGCAUCAACAGCAAAGGCUCCAAUGUUUGCGACAUGAUCAGUGACAGCGGUGCAUCUUCUGCGGGCUCGUCCAUCUCAUCACCUCCGAUGCCCAGACCGGCACUUCCAAAGCUGACCGUGCCCGGAACGUCAGUAACAUCAGCGGAUAUGCGCAGCGGUCGAAGCAGAGGCUACAGCACCGGACGAUCGCAGGCUGCGCGGCUCAGUUACAGGAUACAUAGUGCGAGCAAGGAGUUUCUGGAAUCCAGCUGGCAGCGCUCCGUUGAAGUUGUCUUUUGGGUCUGUGUGGUCUUCAUCAGUGACUUCAUUGGCGCAUUCUACUUGCAGAACCUCACUACUGACGAGGAGCUGGCCUUCCCAUAUCCGUUCUUGACGGCCUGCUUGUCGAACUUUGUGGCCGGCAUUCUGGUCAUCACCAUCGUGUUUUUGCUGUCCAAGACGGGCACGCAGGAACUUGUAGGUGAGCUGGCAGCCGAGGCUGAGGUUGACAUGUGGGUGCAGCUCAUCCUUGGCGUCCUCAUCACUUUCGAAGUUGCAGCUGCCGCUAAGGUCUUAUCCAACCAGCAUCACACGAUGGCAGCGUGGUUCUACAUGCUGACCCCAGUAACGACUAUCCUCGUUGCAAGCACCAACUACUGUGGUAUGGAGGUGCUCCACAAGGAGCUCUUGACUGCAGCCGGCGUUGCAUCAUUAGGUGGCAUGAUGGCCGUGCAUGGCCCCUGGCCAUCACUGGAGGGUCUUACAAGCCUGGAGUGGGCCUGCUUGGCCGUUGUGUUCACCGUCGGACGGUGUCUCCUCACGCAGAAGGUAAUGUCUCCUGCGCAGGGUAGAAGGCCGGGUGCACUCAUCGUUUCAAAGCUGGUGCUGUUGGCAGCCUUCACUGUCGGCGUAGAACUGUCACUGUACAAUGAGUGGCAUGGGUUUUGGUCCAUUCCAUGGCUUCCUCGUCCCGGUCCUGUCUUUCGACUUGUUGCUGUCAUAGGCGUUUGCGAUGCUUGCAGCGUCAUCGGGACAACCAGGUUGAUUCAGAUAACGUCAGCUGCAUUUGGAGCGCUGCUGGUGCCGUUCCAUACGGUUACUUUGCUGCCUAUUGAGUCCUUGAACAGCUCCAUUUCGGUCAUCAACUGGUUGGGGCUGGUUCUCUGCGUCACAUCCGCGGUCAUGUACUUCAAGGCUCGGAAGAGCACUGCAGAACACCCUGCAGGAUAUGUCCAGAGCAGCGCGGCUCUGCUGCAAUGGGAAAGCCUCCAGGCUCUGCAAGGGCCGUAUGGGACCAUGCUAUCUCAGGAGGAUGAUCCUCGCAAGCACGACUGCAAGGGCCGGCUGGACCAACGGGAGGCCGUCUUCAAUUUCAAGCAGCAAAAGCUGCAGACAGAUAUGGAGAUGUGGUUCAUGGAGGCCGUUCCCGAAAUCUACGGCGUGUCUGACUCCGAUGACCUUGACGAGUCUUUGCAGGAAGAUGCACAGGCCGAAAUUAUUGAGAAGAUUUGCUCUACAGGAGACAGUGAGGCAAUGCGACAGACUCUGCUCGACUGGUUAGUUCAAUGUCCAGAUCCGCACAGGCGCGAUGACUUUGUGGGCAAAGCUGUUUCAAUGGCGCUGAAGGAUUACAUUAGCCAAGUGCUUUUAAUGGCAGAUGGAGAUUAUGAUCUGUGGGAUACGCUGAAUCUUCAACGCGGAGCUUCGGUUGACGAGGUUCGUGUGGCAUUCCGGGAGCUUUCUCGUCUCUACCAUCCGGACAAGCAUGUUCGUGCUGGUGAAGGUGAGAAUGCAGCCUUCGUCAGAGUGCAUCGAGCAUAUCGGAUACUCAGUGACGAUGCGCUGCGUGGAUUCUAUGAGAAGUAUGGCCUGUCCGGCGUGAGACUCGCAGAAAGUCUGUCGGACGAUGACGGCGUCGAUCAAGGGGAAGGUGCAAUCAGCGUGCCUGACGACAGACUGAAGGACCUUGAGUCGCGAGUGCAGCGGCUCGUGCGAAAGCACGAGGAGCUCCGAGCACAGAGACUGCUGAGUCUCAACGGUUCCUUCGUGCUGUCGACCGCUGCAACUGCCAAGCCGGGCACGCCUUUGAAACGUCGCUUUCGCUUGCAGUACAGCGCGCUCUCGCACUCGGUGCAAAUUCACUUGGCAGAGCGCUUUCGCUUGUCAGUGGGCUGCGCCUCACAUGUUCAGUCAAGCAGCGGCGCCGGAGCAGCAAAGCUUCUGUUGGCAGCGAGUGCCACAGUCGCACCGGGCACCAAUCUACGAGCCUCUUGCAACGUGACGGGCUCGACACCCGAUGCCGAACUGUCAAUUGUUCGGUCUUUGUCACCACAUUGCAUAGUCCGGCAACAGCUGGGCUAUUCGAGAGACGGACGCUACCUGGCUCUGAACGUCAGCCCGUGGUUGACUCGUACACUGCGGGGAGGAUUGACUGGAACUUUGUCGUCCGAUCCCAGCUUGGGCUUCAACCUAGUGAAGACCAGCCUCUCGUGUGGUCACAGUGCCAAGAUGUUUGUUGAUCUGCAGCCUGGAGCUGGCGAAGUCGGCUGUACCUUCAAGUACAAGCCUGUGAAAGGUUUUUCCAUGAAGGUUUCGCCUACACUUUCCCGACAGGGUGCAGCAGUGCAGUUGAUCUGCACGAAGGCAAGCGCCGACGCCCUGACGAAGCUUCACUGGUCCCUGCAGGUUCGAGCCCAUGGCCUGGCCCUGCGACUGACGCUCUGCAGGUGCGGCCUGCGAUUCGUCUUUCCGCUGGAGCUGUGGUCUGAGGCGUCUGGUCCAGUCCCAGCUGCUGAGCUUGGCUUGGCGAUGUUGCUUUGGGCUGCCCCGCCCUUCGUGCUGCGGCUGCUGCAUUCCAGUGUUGCGCUGAUCUCCGCGCAGUUUUCCAAAGCUUUUGCCGCCCCACAGAAAGACGAGCCACCAGCAAACUCAGAGGAAGAUGCUCAUAAGGCGGAAGCGUUCCGGCAACGAGCUUUCUUGACUGGUGAGGCAACGCGUCGGCGAAAGGAGGAGGAGGACAUGAACGGUCUGGUCAUAUUGUCUGCGCAUUACGGCUCGAAGGCUGCUAUGCAGAAUGGCCUGAAGCAUGGCUUGUCGGAAACCAAAGGCGUGAUUGACGUGACGAACUGCCUCAUGGCCAAAGUGCGACAUUCACAGCUGCAAAUUAGCAGCGCUCCGAAGUCGACGCUCCUGGGGUUCGGCCGGCCGGAGGAGGACGGUGCAGACCCUGUCCUGCACAUCAGCUACAGGUUCGGAG